UCGACAAGAAGAGCAGGAAGAAUCCACGCUAUAAUGCAUCCUGGAACGGCGGCCCGUCGCCGAUGCGUCGUCGAACGCUGUCGGACGUUUCUCCGAUCGCGCGAGGCUACGUCAUCAGUCUUUCAACGCAACAUCGUCGGACGCGGAUGAGAAGAGGCGCCCCGCGUCUUCGUGGGCCAGCGGAGGCGCUGCGAACAGCUACGAAUAGCGCGUGAUAUACCCUGCGCGAGGACAAGGUGCAAUGGCUGACGACCGAAAUAACCACCGGGGCUUCGUCAGGCAGCCGCACGGGGUAGGGCACUCGUCUCCACCACCACCAGCGCCGAAUUCGGGCCCUGGUUCAGGAGAUUCGACGUCUCCUAGAUCCGUUCAGAAGGAGAACUCGCCACCUCGUGGUCCUCGAACCCUCCUGCUCCGGCGAAGCGAAAAUGGCUACGGAUUUACGCUGCGACAUUUCAUCGUCUAUCCGCCCGAGUCCUGUUACAUGCUUCCGGGACACGAGCGGACCAAUGUUGACGAGCCCAUGGACACGAUCUUCGUAAAGCAAGUGCGAGCAAAUUCGCCGGCGGCCGAGGCCGGAUUGCGCACCGGUGACCGCGUCGUCUCCGUCGACGGUACGCCUACUCGGGGCGAGCAAUACGCCAGCGUGGUACAACGCAUUCAACAAGCGGGACCGUGGCUACGCCUCCUCGUAGUCUCAAAAGAGGACGACAUUUUGCAGCGAUACUUUGGCGAGACGGCGCAUAAUCCCGAGACGAAUCAACGACCGCGGUUGCGUUCUCCAGAGAGACUGUCGCAGAAGCAACGCAGGUCAAUGAGCAACAUGAUCCCGGGCGGAUCGCCAAGAACACGACAGUCUUGGGUUUGUACUCUAUCGUCGUCCGAAAGUCCAAAUCAUCUCGAGGAAGAAAUAUGCAGGAUACCGCCAUCAAUGAUGUCUCAAGUUCCGAUUGAAUCUCAUAUCGCAAGCGCGUUGCAGCAGCGAAGAGGUGUACCAGAAGUAAGCGCGUUAUACGAUCUUUCGGAGGAUUCUCGAGUUUCUGGAAGGAAGCUGCAAUUGCUGCAUGAGGAUAAUGUGCAACCGAGCGGCCGAUUGUCCUUGGAUUCGAAGUAUGAUCUGUACGACAAGACCCGGCCCGAGUCAGUAUACUCGCGGCCGAGCAACGAACAGCUCUAUGACAGAAUUAAUGAUCCAAUUUACGAGCGUGUGCGUGUUAGCGACCAGCAUUAUUACCAGCCGUCUUUGCUGCGUUAUCCGGUGUCGCAGGCAGAACCGCAGGUGCCGAUCUACCGGCCGAUUAAGCGAAUGGUGGCGCGACGGGCCAGCGAAGGCAGCGGCAACACUCUCGAUUCCGAGACAGCGAGUUAUGGCAGUAUUGACGCGCUGAGAUCAAGCGAAUCCAGCAGAUUAAGCAUCGAAUCAAGACGAGACUCAUCGCCUGCCGCUAGCAAGGAAAGUAUGUCUCCCUACGAUUCCAAUUCCACUCUGACCGGCAACGAGUGUUCCGACGAUUCCGUCAUCAUGAACAGACUUCGUAAGAGUUUCGAGCAGAAGGCGGAAUUUCUGCGGCGACCGAGUCAUCCUAUUAGUUGGUCUCUCGAUUCAGCGACGUCGCUACUGCCAAAUUUCAAUCAAGCCUCCAGAGGGAUCCAGAGGGAAUUUUACGCGAGACCACAAAAGCUGCAGAGACAAAUCUGGCCGCCCGGCCAGAAUGAGCAACAACAGAGACAGCAAUCUCCUACAAGAAGAUCUCAAGAGAGAAACGUCGUUACCAAGACCAUCACAAGUCUAGGGAACAAGCCGUCAAAUCAGAGUGUGCAGAGGAUAAAGGACGUGGACUCUAACUCUGAGUAUUCAAAGUCGCGGAAUGAUCAGCAAUUUGAAAACAAUCAGACUAGUGUCGGAGAUCACUGUUACUCGUCGUCACUUUUUUAUGACAAUGAGCUCGCAAAAGAACAAUAUCGAGGUACAAACAAAGGUAGUUUCGUCAGCAUCCUAUCAAGAAUACAUGAGAAUAUUAGUACGAAUCAGCAACAGACAUCGCAAGAGACGCGAAAUGGUUCUUCAUCGCUACCAUCUUCCCCGGGGCCGGAUAAGAAAGCCAGCGCUGACACUAGGUUUCCGGUACCGCCGCAGGGCCUACAGAUCGUCUCGAGACGCGCCAAACAGUUUGAGUCCGGUCGUUUGCUGAGUGACGAGGAUGAGCCUGCGGGCGAUCGAACGAAUCUCUAUAAGAGUGAGUUGUCCAGAUUGUCGAACAAGAGAAGUGUACCGAAUGUGGCUGUGCGAAAACGAGAGUUCGAGUCCAAAGCUGAAAAUCAGGACUCGAGAAGGCUACCGACCAGAGAAACAAAAUCUCUUGACACUGGUGCAGUAUUGACAGGCAACAGAAUAAUUCCUAUAGGCAGCAAGCAUAUCCAUUGCGAGCCACCAGCCGACUAUAAAGAGAGUAAAGAUGUGCCUACUAUGGAGACAGAAUCAGUGCGUUUGAGAGCACGCAGUAACAGCGCGGAGUCCUGGGAGGCUACGAAUGGUCCAACGGCACGAAGCAGUGCCAGGCAUACGUGGCAGACCGCUGAAGAGAAAGGUAGCACCGAGGACAACAGUAAAGUCUACCGCAACCAGGACAAUUACUUGCAGUCAGCCAAACUGCAAAUCGCGUCAGUCAAUGGUUCUUCACCCAACGGCUCGACCAAUAACGCCGCGGUACUUAGGCGACAGAAGAAUGCACAGAUCAGUGACGAGGAUCGUGCUACCAGACGGGUUUCAUAUCUGAAAGCGACGUGGGGCGAACGAAUGCAUGUCGAUAGUGAUCUGGAGCUCAGCGAUUCUGAACCCGUUCACAUUCACAGAAGUAAUAGCAUUGCUGUGGCGCAUGAUACCUCAAACAGCUGCGAUGAAACUGCAAAGGAUGUUGAACCAGUGGAACGGGAGGGAACACUCCAUGUUAAAUUCGCAGUGCUCGAUGGCAAGCGAUCUACCGAUCGUUCCUGGAAGCAAGUUUGGGGUGUUCUCCGUGGUCCUAUAAUAUAUUUCUAUAAGGAUCGUCAUAGCCAGAGUCCUUCGUUGAGCACCGACAGCGAAACAAAUGCAGGACAAAGUGUCGACGUUAGAUGUUCUGUGGUUGACGUCGCUGAAGACUAUACGAAGCGAAAACACGUGUUACGAGUAGCAAAUCCUACGGCAGAAGUGCUUUUACAGACCGAGGAUGCAGCAUCUAUGGCUCUUUGGUUAAGGUCACUUCAUUCUCACGCCGCUGCAGAAAGAUCAUCGGAUGCUGUAUCUUGCACGUCGAAGCAGCAAGCCGUUCCGCAAACUCCCACAACUCCGAAUAGCGGUAUUCCUCCGAGUAACAUCCAAAGAUUGAGUCCUCUGCCGAGCCACAAAGGCAUAAAAAAACUAACAUCAUUUAGGAAUCGAUCGCCGACGGGUCAAUCGCCGGUGAACAAAACGCGCAAGCCAAGUAAUCAGAUAGUGGAACCUUUACCGUCACCUAAGUCGAAAACUUGGAAGGGAAGAAUGGCGAAACAAUUUAGGAGAAUGCACGGUCAAGCCGGUGGCGCGCCAUCUUCACCUACAGCGCAAUUACCACCAGAAGGGGCCACUUUCAAAGUACCUCUCGAACUCUGUCCGCCAUCCUCGUUUUCGGAGUACGUGCCGUUGAUUGUCGAGAUGUGCACGAGCAUUGUCGAAGCAAGAGGACUUGAGGUUGUGGGCAUCUACAGAGUACCGGGAAACACUGCUGCAAUUGCCCAGCUCACGGAUAGUGUCAACAGAGGAUUCGAAAACAUCAACCUUCAGGAUCCGAGGUGGAGCGAUGUUAAUGUGAUAUCAUCGUUACUAAAGUCGUUCUUCCGACAACUUCCCGAUUCCUUGCUCACAGCAGAGCUGUAUCCCAUGUUCAUCGACGCCGAUAAGAUAGAAGAUCCACAGAGGAGAAUGACCACGAUACGAAAAUUAUUACGAGAUCUUCCAGAACCUCAUUUUGAGACGCUGAAAUUUUUAAUGCAACAUCUAAAAAAGAUAGUAGAGCAUAGCGAGAUCAAUAAAAUGGAAGCGAAGAAUUUGGCUAUUGUUUUCGGACCAACACUGGUACGAGCGAGUGGUUCAAGAGACAAUAUGGUCACUAUGGUCACCGAUAUGUCGCAUCAAUGUAGAAUAGUCGAGAGUCUACUGAAUAACGUCGACUGGUUCUUUUUGGAGGAUGAUCUGGACGAUUUAAGCAGAUUGAGCGUAAAUUUAAGCCUUCCAACCGAUAGUUGCGAAGUUGAACCAGUAUCCAAUCAUAGUCUUCUAUUAAACAACAUUCAAAAAAUCGAAGGCAUGCGUGAUAUGGCAUCCGCUAGAGACAUCGUAUCCUCAAUUAUAUCCGCAGCUAAUAAAAAGAUACAAAGAAGACGAAAGAAUCAGGAUGAAAUCGACAACAGUGAAUAUGAUAAGACCAAGUCGAAACAAGAAUUGGAGAAUUCACCGACGAUUCGACAGAGUAUGGCCCUAAAUGAGCGACAGUGUUCCGUAAGCGAAAUCGUGCAGAUGCAUGAGAACAAGAAUCAAUCGAAUCAUUCUACGGAUCGUUCUCUGUCGGUUGACGCGAAAAGUAGUGAUUUGUCACAUAAAACUUCUUCGUUGAAUCGUACUAAAUACGCGAUUCAAUCCGCACCUCCAUCUGUAGACUCUACGAGAUUGUCGAUUGACACUGGUCUAAGUUCAGCGGAAACGAGCUCUACUGUGUCCAGCAACGCGUCUAACCAGACGAAGCAAAGUAACGACGAAGUAACGAUUUUAACGUACGCCGGUUUAAGUGCGACCACGCAGGAGAGAGUACGACGAUUCGAGGAAGAAACGAAAGCGAUGUUGCAAAGAGAUCAGCAUCGACAGAGGCUUGAAGCCGAGAAAAGAGAGGAGGAGAGACGGAGAAUUGAGAUAGAGUGGCAAUUGGCGAAACGAGAGAUGGAGAAUGACGAUCUGCUCGAUAGUAUAGUCGACACUACAGUGUCGCCAAGCCUCUUAUCGGAACGUCUCUCCAGUCUGAAUGAGAGGCUUGCUGAGAAAUCAUUAAUAGAUUUACCCGAAAAACAUGGCAGGUCGCGAUCGACCACGAGACCACCGUUAUCCAUAGCCGUGCAACAACAUCCCACGAUAUACCAAAAAACCCAAGCUAGCAAUCAACUAACUAACAUACUAGGGGAAAAGAUGAACAACGGAGUCAUUAAGAAAUUUAAGACGGAUAAGGAUCCGUCGAUGGAGUCGAUUUGUUUACCGCCAAUUCGAUACGGAAGUCUGGACUCUUUACACGAGGUUCACAAUUUCUCGCAGUCCUCUCCAUCACCGUCGCAGCAUCGAGGUGUUCCCGGCGAUGGCUCGGAUGAUGCAGGAUCUUGUUUUCUGCAGUGGACACAGAAGAUACUCACUAUUAACAAAAAGCUUUCUAGGCACACAGCAAGCCCGGGUUUUUGGUGGUACAUAUCGUCCCACCUAUACGGUACCGCAGGUCCCGGUAGCGCCGCCCCGAAGACACCGACCCAGUCGCCAAUGUCAAUGCCAGUGCCAGUCGCAGCAGUUCCAAUGCCAAUGCCCAUGCCCGUGCCCGUGUCAGUACCAUCAGCAGGAGCAACAACGACAGCAACAGCAGCCGCAGCAGCAGCAGCAUCAUCGCUGGCAACUGUUGUCGCGUCUGCAGCAGCUACCGCAUCAUCGGCGACCAACGAGCCCACCACCACCGCCAAGACUCUAAACCGAUUCCUCCGAGGUAGCGACCUUCUAACGAGUCUUACGACUACAUUUGAUCGCAAGUGGAGGUCCCUCGUUAAUCAGUCAUCUAAUCAAACGCAGCCUCUUCCGGAAUCCACAGCCUGCAAUAAUGACGGUAUUACGGUACAUCCGAUGCAGAGGUCGAGCAUGUCUUCGAGAUUCAAAUAUCCGUCUGCCGAAACUUAUCGAGACCCGAGUCUUCAUAAAUCGCUCGACAAGAGUCACCUCUCCCGCUCGAAGGAUGACGCUCCUGAAAAAGACACCGACUCAACGGUAGCCAAUGACAUGCCGGAUCCUUUGGAAUCCGUCACGCCGAACAACGAUCGCGGCGCGAAUGACAAGCAGCGACUGGAAACGAAGUCUACUUCAAAUCACACGACGGAAAAUGAAGAUCAGAAAGAUGUGGACGAAGAGGACGAUCGCCUACGUGUGGGAAAUCCAAAACGAUACGAACUGGCGAACGAAAAGAAUCUUCAGGAAAAUAAAUCGGAGAAUAACGACGUUAGUGCAAAAAUGGAGGAUAAUAGCAGGAGCCAUCAUUACGAGACCGGAGAUUCUAGUUAUUCCAACAAACUGAAAAAAUUUGAGAGUUUGACGAAUUGUCAAACGAGGUCUCGCCUAAAACGAUCGGAGUCUCUGAAUAAGAGGACAUGCGAAAACACCACGUCGCGACUAAAGAGAUCGGAAAGCUUAAAUAAACACUCAACCGAGAGACUAUCGCCACUCAAGCGAUCCGAAAGCUUAAACAAACACUCUGAUAGAUCAGAGUCGCCGGGUAGUAAACUAAAACGCUCGGAAUCGCUGACAAAGACUGAAAAGACCGAAUGCAAUAUCAGCAAGCGUCGACAAUCGGUGCGAAAAGAGAGCGCCACGAAAUUAAAGCGAAAGAACGGGAUGUCGGAACGAUCGAUUAAACGAAGGCACACUGUCGGCAGUACCAAGGACUUUGACAAGGUGCAUUGGCUCGAUAAUAAAUUGCAAUCGGAGGCCGAGAGAGUCAUUAGAAGUGACUACAGACCGAAGAAGAGCCAGCUCAGAACCAGUUCCCCCGAUCUCAGCACCAAUCGAGUUGGCAUGGCUGACACGAGCUUUCUGAUCGAGGUGAGCUUUCGUGGGCCCAGUAACGUUGUCUUCAACGUAACCAAUGCCGCUCGGCCGCAGUCAUUGCCGGACGCCAGUCUCGCGUCCAAGGUUUUCAAGGUGCCCCUCGAAAGUCACGUAUAAUAUACACUCGAAUAAGUUACUCGACAUAUUUCUAUAUUCACCUUUGAAUAAUAUAUGCACGCGGUGCUGUUUUCAUAUCUAUACCUACCUGCCAUCAUUUUUAAUACUUCUACCGGUUUAUAUUAUAUAUAAACGGAACUACAUCAGAUUUUUAUAU